AUGUCUUCCGACGAUGCCUACAUGGACUUUCUAAACAAGGCGAAUGCCGACCACAGCGCCGGCCAAAAAGUCUCGACGCAAGGGGCCAAGACUCGGACUGUAGAUGACAGCCUCAAGGUCCCGUCCUCGCUGCAGCAGGUUGAGGCAUAUUAUGUUUCGGAGUCGGAUGAACCUUUUGAGCCUGUGGUUUUGCGGUUCAAGGAUGCUGCGAAGGGUGAAUGGCCCAGCGCUGGUACGUUGACUGUGUAUCCCUUGUCCUCCCCUACAUCGAUGGUGGCCCAGGGAUUCAUUCUAUGGGGAUGCAUCUAUGAACGCAUAUUUACCCUACGAGCUCGAUCCCUCGUGCUAGAGAACCUUGAAACAGACUCGCUAACCCUGCUGUCACUUCCAGAUGACCUCUCCUCCCUGAUCUCGCCCGACGCCGAUAUCUCAGGGCAGAUUUCGACCCUUGAUACAUCCUCCUUUGACCCUCGCAAAGAGUACACUAAGGUCCUGCAGGCGGUGCAGAAAGCGACCGAGGAGAGUGAUCCGGAUAUCAAGGUUUAUCGUGUUCAGCGUAGUAGUUCCACUGUGGAGUACUAUGUGCUGGCACUGGAUUCGGCUGAGGGGGGCCGGAUUGUUGGACUGUUUGCCAAGAGUGUUGAGACCUAA